AUGACGAUCACCGCCACCGACAACGCGGGGAAGCCCUCGGAGGUGCGCAUCGAGGUUAUCACGCAGCCCGAGGACUUCACGCAGGUCAAUGAGGUCGUCUGCAACGCCUUCGGCCACCAGGUCCGCGACGGCGUCUUCAUCUCCAUGAACCCUGGUUGGGACACCCCUGAGGGCCAGGCCUUCCACGCCUCGCGCAUGGUCAACCGCUUCGGCUCCGUGACCAAGAACAACAAGGGCGAACCGAACACCGUCUUCCUCAAGGCCACCCUCCCGGACCCCGAGCGGCCCGGCCAGCGGAGGAUCGCCGGCAUGGCCAUCUGGGUGCAGCAGUCGGCCGUCGAGGGCCACGGCGACGCGCCGCCCAAGGACCUCAUCAAGGACCUCAACCUCGAGUCCAUCUUCCCCGGCAACGAGGCCGAGCAGCGCUACGCCGCCGCGUGUAUGGGGUCCCUCCACAAGCGGCGCGAGGAGGUCAUCCGCGAGAAGGCGGCGUCGGACGAGCCGGCCGUCUUCGUGCUGGACAUGUGCGCCGUGGACCCCGCGUUCCAAGGGAAGGGAAUCGCCAAGAAGCUGGUGCAGUGGGGUCUCGACGAGGCCAAGCGACGCGGCGGGCUCGAGCUGCUCCUCGAGGCGUCGAGCAUGGGCAGACACGUCUACUCGAAGCUGGGCUUCAAGCAGGACGGCCCCGAGAUCGAGUACGAGGUUGAGGAGCAGUUUGCGCACCGCGAUAGGCCGUCCAACAUUUUUAUGCGCACAGGCGGGGGGCAGUAA